UUUUCUUUAUCAUAUAGCUUAUCCUAAUAUCCCAGACGACUUUUAAUCCGAAUGUUCAUAUCUCUCAUAUUUCAAUCAACAACUAUAGUGAAUGCCUGAUUAUUGAGUAGACAAUUAAAACCAGUAAGGUGUCACGGUAUUUGAACCUUUCUUUGCAAACCUCCGUUAUCUUUGAAGGGUCAGACGUCGUCCAAAGAUCAUACAACAACAAUGGUCUCAAGUCAUCGACACCAACCUAAGAUUAGAAGAUUACUUAGGGUAAACAUCUAAAGAAGUUUUGUAGGAGAGCACUGUAGAUUUGAAUGACGGAACACCAAUGACAUUUGCAAUUUCAAAUAAAUUGCGUUUGAUAUGGAAUGACGUUUAUGAAAUAUUGAAAACAGGUAGAUUUCUUGGAAUCUUGUGCUCGAUCAUCUUGAGUGGACAAAUGACAGUUUGAUAAAUCUCGGUUUCAAUUAAGGUGUAAUGAAUUAUCAAUUCAUAAUGGCCUCUAUGGUAUCAUUCGGCAUUGCGUUCUUCCUUAUACAGAUAUUACAUUUAUUCCAUUUCUACCCUUUCGCUCUGUCACAUUCUACAUCAACCACUCUCUCGAAUGGCGCUUCCAGUGCAUCAUGUUUACGAGAUUGUACGAGAUUUCCCGAGAGGAGAACCUGUGACUUUCACUUUGUAGCAGAGUGGUAUUACUCAAUGUCUAAGGCUUGCUACGACUGCCCUUUUAAUAUAAGUGACUGCAGGCGACCUCAUUGUAUAGCUCUGAAUGGGGUUCAGCGACCAGUCUUGGCAAUAAAUCGACAGAUACCAGGGCCCAGUAUUGAGGUUUGCCAGGGUGAUCGAGUCCGUGUCACCGUUCGGAAUGUCCUGGACAACUCGGAAGGUUUGACCAUACAUUGGCAUGGUCAGCAUCAGCGAAAUACCCCUUACAUGGAUGGUACGUCAAUGAUCACGCAGUGCCCCAUCCCUCGACCCCAGACUUUCACCUACGACUUCGUUGCCGACACACCGGGCACGCAGUGGUGGCACUCACAUUCGGGACUUCAACGGGCUGAUGGUUUGUUUGGUCCCUUUAUCGUCAGGCAGAAGAAGAAAGAUGAUGUUCAUUCUAGUCUCUACGACGUCGAUGACCACAACCAUGUGAUGACGAUGUCGGAUUGGACCGAUACGCUAUCGAUGCAGCAUAUGAUGAAAGAUCUCCAUGCUGAUGGACCUGGUGGUCCUGAUGCCGUGCUGAUUAAUGGGCGUGGCACGAAAAGAAAGGUUUUCGAAAGAGAUGGCGAAGAGGCCCAUCUCCCGGACUCCAUAUUCUCCGUCAAAAAGGGAUUACGCUAUCGCUUCCGAACCAUCAAUACAGCGGUCACUAACUGCCCAUUGAAGAUAUCCAUCUCCAAUCACAAACUUCUUAUAAUAGCAUCCGACGGCUCGGCUGUUGACGCCUUAUCAGUAGACAGCGUCGUCAUCGCAGGAGGAGAGCGGUAUGACUUCGUGGUGUCAGCCGACAGAGCGAUUGGCACAUACCCGAUUCAGGUGAGAGGUGUUGAUGGAUCGGAGUGUGAAGGAAUUGGAGAAAUUGCGACUUUGAGGUAUGAAGGAUCAACUUCGGAGGAAGUGGCGUCACCAGCGGGCAAAGAAGAUGACGGCGUCGUUCUUAAUGUACCGAUUGUUGAGAGCAGUGAGGGAAGACCUGGUGUUCAUGACCUCAGAGAUGCAGGUGACAUCGACCCGGACAUCGUUCGUCCUAAACCCGACGUCACACACUACAUCGAAGUCGACAGCGUGUAUCGCAACUCUCCGCAUCUCCACCACCACGAUUACUACCCCGUAGAAAAGGCGGGCCACAAAUACACAGCGAAAAGAACUCAUAUGAUGAACAACAUCAGUUUCGCCCUCCCCGCCGUCCCUCUGCUGACGCAUCAUAGUCAUCUCCAUGCUGGGGGUCUUUGUACGAAAUCGACGAUGAUGACGGACUACGGACGUGACUGUGAAAAAGAAUACUGCGAGUGUACACACGUCAUUCCGGUCGAGUUGAACCAGGUUGUUGAGCUCAUAUUGGUGACAAAGUCUUUGAGAGAAUUCGAGCCACACCCACUCCAUCUCCAUGGUAACCAUUUUUACGUCAUCGGUUACGACAACGGCGAACAACUUCCGCUACAGACGAUAAAAGACAUGGACGGAAGAUGUGAAAUAAAACGAAAUCUGAAUCGCCCACCACGAAAAGACACAUUGAUGAUGGCUCAGAGGUUGACCAUACUGCGGUUCAAAGCUGAUAAUCCGGGCUGGUGGUUGUUCCAUUGUCAUAUGGAUGUACAUCUAGAGCUUGGUAUGGCUGUUGUGUUCCGUGUGGGUAAUGACAGUGACUUACCCCCUCCACCUAUCACGAUGCCAGUGUGUUCAAGAGAUUACACUGAGCACACAUCGGCGAGUGGCAAGGCAAUCCCAAACUUCGAAGUAGUCAACGAGAUAGACGGGGCAGCCGACACGCCGACGUAUUUAUUUUACGUUAUCAUAUCCACCUUUAUUUUGGUUUCGCUAGCUCUUUUCUGUCUUCUAAAUAUACACAGAAAGAAAAGAUCUAGAAGAAAUAGCAUCAAAUACAGGCGAUUACCUAAUGGAGAGGUUAACGUGGCUUUUGAUACUGGGCAUCAUGACCAUAGAAAUGCACUUUGAUAUUGAGGCUGAAUUCAGGGGAAAAUAUUAUUUUAAUGAGAAACAUUAGGGAGAAGGAAAGAUAGUUUGAAGUGACGGGGGGGGGGGUA